UGAAAAGCCUAGUACUACUCUUAUUUGUUUUGCUAUAGGUGCUGGAAAAAUAAAAACAUUAAGAAAAAUUUUGGCAUCUUUAGCUCAAAGUAGUGCUAAUUUACUUUGUACUAUAUGUGUUUCAUAUCAUAAAACCUUUAGCAAUGAAUCUGAAGCUAAACUUAAAGAAUUAAAAAAAUUCGAUUUCAGAGUAGAGCAAUAUCAGAAUAUUGUAGCUGAUUUAAAGACGCAUAAGUAG